CCACUUUCAGCCCAAUUGUAAAGAAUUGGGCUAGCAACCGGGAACCGAAGGAGGAAGGACUGGAGUCGUGUGUCUGUCUGUGCGGCUGUGCCAUGGCGACCAAAGGGUCAGACCCUGCCUCCCCGGCGUCGGCGCCACCGCCGCCACCGAAGCGGCGAAAGAUCGAGCCGCCCAGGAGGACCAGGCUUUCUCAAGUUACCAUCGAUAACAAGUCGUCUUCCAACUCAUCGACUCCUCCGGGUUCGCUGCCAGCGAGAGUUGAUCUCAACAAAGUUAGAGAGGCAAAGAGAUUUGCCGUCCUUGAAGCGCAGCAUGAGGGAUGCCUUGGAAGCUAUAAAAGCUUCGAUUCCCUCUUUGGGAAUUACCUUGUUCCUGUCAUACCAACGAACGAUUUCUUUCAUCAGGCCGGGACCAAAUGAUGAACAAGAAUGGCUAUUUGUAACGAACAGAAUGACUACUAAAUUUUGCAAUUUCCUUUAAGAGCGCGACCUGAUACAGCAUUACUAAGCUAUCAACGGAAGAUAACACGAAGACCAAGUUUUGUGUGUGGUGUUGUACGUAGGCCCCCUAACUUGCAAGAUCUCAAAAGGUAAAGAUUAUCCUGCACAGUUGCAGAUCUAAGUAGUGAAAAAGUUUUUGCAUUAUGGGGAGCAUA